CGAAACGGCUUAAGCAUCAGCAAGCCGGUCCCUCAUGAGGAGAAGUUUUUUGUUUCUUCCCUGACUGCCCGUGAGAAGCAACUGACGGGCAUGCUGGUCCAAGCAGGUCGUGACGGUGAUUGGUCCCGCGUGGUGCGACUUUGGCGAAAGUACUCAGGGAAUGAAGUUCCAGUCUACUGCGCAGCAAUGCAGGCGGCGUUCUAUUGCGGGCAAUUUGCGAGUGCUGCCAAGAUGUACAAGAAGCUGCGAGGCCUGCCUGGUGUCAAGCCCAACUCAGUGCUCGUGCACCGCGUGCUCAAAAUAUUUGGCAAGCUUGAGAAGCAAGACGAAGUGAACAACAUUUGGUCCGAGGCCGUGGCUGAAGGCCUGGUGGAUCGUCUGGUGGCUGCGGCGCGCAUUGAGGCAGCCGCAAGCAUGGGGGACAUAGAAGGGGCUGCUUCCGGGCUCGACUUCAUGAUCGAAAACGACCUCCAUCCUGAGGUUCCUGCCUUCAAUGCUGCCAUCAAUGCAUGCGCAAAGGCCAGUCCGCCCAGUCCGUCUGCUGCUGUGUUUAUCUACCAAAGUAUGCUCAAAAGAGGUUUGCAGCCAACGAUCGUAACGUUUACCAGCUUGGCGAGGGCACAUUUGCACGCACGAUGUGCUUCCCUUAAAACCGUACGCAGUUCAAUGAAUGAAUCCGGCAUGACGCCAGACAAGGUUUUCGCUGAAGCAUAUUUAGCAGCAAUCUUUGGAGGAAAUUUGGGUCCCGCAGAGCAGAUGUCACCCCAUGUGGCACAGAUGAGUACUGAGCGUCAACACGAACUUCACCAGGCAUUGAAGGCCUUCAAAGCCAGUAAGGCGAUGUCAGGAUUGUGCAACGAAGUUCACAAGGCAGUCCGACUGUGCCGCUCCAGAAACUAA